GAACGACUAAGUCGGCUUUCGCUUUGUAAAUUCGCUUUUUUUGCUUUGUUCUAUCAUUAUUUGAAACUCAUGAACCGGUCUUAACUGUUGACUAAUUUUCCUGUGAAGAGGCGCGGCAUUGACAUCCACUAACUGCCACACAUGCAUGAGAGUGUCCACCGCUGCUGUUGCUGCUGCUGGUGGAUGACUUCCCUUUGUCUGUCGGCUUUUUAACCAGCCCCGGGUCUCACUUCACAGAGUUCAGAUUUGCACUACCAUGUCUACGGUGGCUUCUCUGCUGUGAGCACACAAAGGUUAUGCUGCCCAAAAGCUGUCUGAGUCCCAGUGAGAAAGAGAAGGGCUAAAGCCGCACCGAUCCAAACCAUCUUAUCCAGAGCCUCUCCAGCAGCGACUCCUCUGUGGAGCCAUGAGCAACCCCAACCACAUCACAGAUGCCGUGUCGUCGGUUAUUCACACUCCAGACGCUCCUUCUGCCGCUCCUUCUACCUCAUCACUACACACUCCGCGCCCUGAAGAGGAGGAUGAUGGGGACCUGAACAAAGCGUUGGGGGUCCAGCGCUUCGAGCAGAUCCUCAGCCCCGCUGCUGCUGUGCCUGAUGAACAGCACCACAACUACCAUGAGGAGGACAUUGAAUACCACCGUCACUCCUCGCACCACAUCCACAGACCUCUGUCCAAACUGCCCUCCGAGGGACGCAGGAAGAAGAGCAACAAAAAAAGGAGGAAGGACAAAGAUCACAAAAGCAGCCAUGCUCCCAGCAGCGGCCCCAUAGAGGAGGGAGAGGAUGAAGAGGAAGAGGAGGAUGACGGGACAGAGGCUUCUGGUCCAUCUGAGACGGAGAGAGUGAAAGAUGUGGAGUUCUUUCUUUCUGAUGAAGACCAAGUUUCCAAACGAGGCAAAGAGAGCCCCCACUCUGCCCGUGAGCUGGAGAUCGUGCCGCAAUCUGGGGUGGGAGCUGAUACUGAAGAUGCAUCUUCCUCAGAUAAGCCAGCCUCAUCCGCCGCCUCCAGCCCCUCUCCCGAGUUGGUGCCCCCUGAAAGCAUACCUCUGGCCCGGGUGUCCACCUCCAGCCGCAGCUACGACCUGCAGGAUCGCCGGUGCACAGGCAACAUGACUGGGGCCGAGCAGGCCAAAUACCAGCGCAUCCCGACCGACGAGAGCGAGGCUCAGACGCUGGCCUCCGCUGACCUGGACGGCAUCAAGAGUCAUCGUUUUGAAGAUGUUCCCGGCGUGCGCAGACACCUGGUCAGAAAGAACACCAAGGGUCAAGUGGUGCACACCGGCAAGGACCACAAAGAACCCACCACUCGCAGCAGUAAGAAGGACCGGACCCCGCAUGAGCCGAUACCAGUGGUUCUGUAUCACUCCGCCUCGGGGCAAAAAGGCGCCCUGCUGGACAUGAUGGACUCCGGUAAAAUGGCUCGCUACCAGAAGGUGUUUGUGGAGCUGAAUGAGCUGACUAUGGAUAAGAACCAGGAGAUGUCGUGGAAGGAAACGGCUCGAUGGAUCAAGUUUGAGGAAGACGUGGAGGAGGAGACGGACCGCUGGGGGAAACCUCACGUGGCCUCGCUGUCCUUCCGCAGUUUGCUGGAGCUCCGAAAGACAAUCUCACACGGUGCAGUGCUGCUGGACCUGGACCAAAAGACCCUGCCUGGCAUCGCCCAUCAGGUGGUGGAGAAGAUGAUUAUUUCUGACCAGAUCAAAGCUGAGGACCGGGCCAAUGUCCUGAGGGCCCUGCUGCUGAAACACAGUCACCCGAGCGAUGAGAAGGAGCACAGCAGCCCUUUCCCCAGGAACAUCUCGGCGGCCAGCCUGGGUAGUCUCAUCCCACAUCACCACAGCGCCAACCACUCCCACCAGACAGAUCCUUCAGUGACCGACCCGCUCAUGGGCACCGUCCCAACGGGGGACUCAGAGACACGCAUUGACAUGGACAAAAACGAGAAGGAGCCGUCUGUGGUGUCUGGUAUGCAUCGCUCCAAAUCCAAACAUGAGCUCAAGCUGCUGGAGAAGAUUCCUGAAAAUGCUGAGGCCACUGUUGUCCUUGUGGGUAGUGUGGACUUCCUUGAGCAGCCCACCAUGGCGUUUGUGCGGCUGCAGGAGGCCGUGGAGCUGGAGUCCGUCCUGGAGGUCCCCGUGCCGGUCAGGUUUCUGUUCGUCCUGUUGGGACCCGCAACCACCAGCAUGGACUAUCACCAGAUCGGACGCUCCAUCUCCACACUCAUGUCCGACAAGCAAUUCCACGAGGCAGCCUACCUUGCAGACGACCGGCAGGACCUGCUGAACGCCAUCAACAGCUUCCUGGACUGCAGCAUCGUGCUGCCGCCUUCAGAGAUGGGAGGCGAUGAGCUGCUGCGCUCAGUCGCUCGCUUCCAGAGGGAGAUGCUGCGCAAGAGGGAGGAGCAGGGGGUCAAACUGACCAAGGAACCUAAAAGCAUGGAAGAUAAAGAGGCCCUCCUCACACCCUUCAAAAAGUCAGACGACCCUUUGAAGCGCACCGGGCGGCCUUUCGGCGGGCUGAUACGGGACGUGCGUCGCCGUUACCCAAAGUACCUCAGCGACUUCAAGGACGCUCUGAACAGUCAGUGCAUGGCCGCCGUAUUCUUUAUCUACUUUGCUGCUCUCUCUCCAGCCAUAACAUUCGGAGGCCUACUGGGUGAGAAGACGGACGGUCUGAUUGGUGUUUCUGAGCUGAUUGUGUCCACCGCAGUGCAGGGUGUGCUCUUCUGCCUGCUCGGAGCGCAGCCGCUACUCGUUGUGGGUUUCUCGGGACCCCUGCUGGUUUUCGAAGAAGCAUUUUAUAGUUUCUGCAAAGCGAACGAGAUGGAGUACCUGACGGGCCGCGUCUGGAUCGGGUUCUGGCUCAUCGUCAUCGUGAUCGUCACGGUGGCCUUUGAGGGAAGCUUCCUGGUCCGCUUCGUCUCCCGCUUCACCCAGGAGAUCUUCUCCUUCCUCAUUUCCCUCAUCUUCAUCUGCGAGACCUUCAUCAAGCUUGGCAGGAUUUUCAAAGAGCACCCCCUUAAACGUUGCUCCCUCAACAACGGCACAGAAUGGGACUCAAUGGUAGAAAAUAUCACAGUCGUCCAGGGCAACAGCACGCUGCCGAUGACAGUGGGUGUCCGAGGGGAACCCAACACUGCGCUGCUCUCUCUGGUCCUCAUGGCCGGAACAUUCUUCAUCGCCUUCUACCUGAGGAAGUUCAAGAACAGUGCCUUUUUCCCUGGCAGGUUGCGCAGGAUGAUUGGAGAUUUUGGCGUCCCAAUUGCCAUCCUCAUCAUGGUCCUUGUGGAUUACAGUCUAAACGACACAUACACACAGAAACUGAGCGUUCCCAAUGGUUUCUCUGUGACCAGCCCCUCGAAGCGUGGCUGGAUCAUCAGCCCUCUGGGGUCCAACGGGGAAUUCCCCAUCUGGAUGAUGUUCGCCUGCUGUCUGCCCGCUCUGCUCGUCUUCAUCCUCAUCUUCAUGGAGACUCAGAUCACUACUCUGAUCGUGAGUAAGAAGGAGCGCAUGCUGGUGAAGGGUUCUGGCUUCCAUCUGGACCUGCUGCUGAUCGUGGUGCUGGGCGGCAGCUCGGCUCUGUUCGGCCUGCCGUGGAUGGCUGCGGCCACCGUCCGCUCGGUGACCCACGUCAACGCCCUCACUGUCAUGAGCAAGGCCGUCGCCCCCGGAGACAAGCCGCGCAUCCAGGAGGUGAAGGAGCAGAGGGUCACCGGGCUCCUGGUGGCCAUCAUGGUUGGUAUGUCUAUUGUGAUCGGGGACCUGCUGCGUCAGAUCCCCCUGGCGGUGCUGUUUGGGAUCUUCCUCUACAUGGGGGUGAUGUCCCUUAAUGGGAUCCAGCUUACAGAGCGGAUGAUGCUGCUGCUCAUGCCACCAAAGUAUCACCCGGACCACACCUACGUCCGCAAGGUGCGUACGCUGCGCAUGCAUCUGUUCACCUGCAUCCAGGUGGUGUGUUUGGCGGCUCUGUGGGCUGUCAUGUCCACCCAGGCGUCCCUGGCCUUCCCCUUCGUCCUCAUCCUCACCAUCCCUGUGAAGAUGUUCGUGCUGCGCCGCAUCUUCACCAGCAGAGAGAUCGCAUGUCUGGACGCCGACGACGCAGAGCCCAAGUUUGACGAGCGCGACUGUCACGAUGAGUACUCGGAGAUGCACAUGCCUGUGUAACCCGCAGCAAGGCCUGGUAUCAACACUUGAAACACUCAUCACUGUGCACCCUCUUCAUCAUCACUAAGACUUUUCAACAUUCAGUAUGUCUGACGACUUGGUUCAACUUAUUUAAGUAGUUUUUUUUAUCAGAUUGUUGGGGACUAUCUGCUGGUUAACGGCACUAAUUGAAACCCAACUGAGGAGAUCAAAAAAUCAACAUGUGUUCACUCAUACUAUACUUUUAAAUAUAUAUAUAUAUUUCAGGGGACAAGAGAUUCUAAAUCGAAUUAUCUCGAGCUCAAAUUAUAUGCUAUUACAGUAGAUAGAUUUGCAAGACUGAUUAAUUUUAGCCCUGAAAGGUUUCUCUGAUUCACAUUGAAUAUGUGGAGGAUAUAUGGGAUACAUUCUUUUAUAUUCACACGUUGAGUCAUCGCUAUUCAAGUUUGUCGCUUUUUUUCAUGUUUGAAGCUCACCAAGCGCCUUAAGAAGGAAAUAAAAAGGUAUACUGAGAGUUAUCUUUUCCUCAUUCUGUCUCAUUUCAGACAGUUUAUCACUUUACUCGCCUCCUGAAGCUCGUAGCACUUUUUAAAAAACCAAAUCUGAACAAUGACUGUAUUUUAUGUAAUCACUUGUAUCUCCACGUCCUCUUGAAUCCUUUAAAUAUCUAUGUGGCUUUAGUUUUCUUCCUAAACAACUAUCUGUGAUUGAUUUUAAGCCUGUCCUUCUUCCACAAUCUUUUGUUUUACUCAAAAGCAGCAGUUUAGAUGACAGUUAGGAUUGAAUGGACCUGCAGUGAGGUAAGAUUACCAGCAGAGGGAGAUGAUGACAUGAAAUCAUGUGAUAAUAACAGAAAACUAACACAGUGGCAUAAUAAAUAUACUCUAAAUGUCUCUACGCACAUGUUAAGGGCACUAAUGAAUUAAUGUAGAAUUUGUUUUCUCUUUGGGUGUUUUUGGGAAUCACUGUAAUUUAUUGGUUUCUUUGUCCAAGUGCCAAAUGUCUUGUGUAAAUAGUUUUGUGAUCAGAACAAUAAGCUGCAGUCCAGCCAUCUCACAGUUUCAGCCUAAAUUAACCACAUUUCAUAGCGUAACAUUCCUUAUUUUCUCACAAUUUAACAUUUCAUUCACACUCAAAUGAACUCGGUCGACCAAAUUUCCACCCAAGCUGUGUAGACAAUCUCAAUAUCCAUGCAUUACUGAGAGGGAAGGCUUUUAAAAAUAUAUAUAUAUGUCUUUUUUUGUUUUAUGUCAUGUUGUAUCAGUGUGACAUGGAUUGGUUAAAGCUUUGACUGUGUCAAAUAACUUACAUUUUCAGUCCUCUGUUACUCUCGAGUGUGUAUUUCAGACACUACUGUCCCAUCUCAGAUGGUUAGGGUGUCGUGAACUUCUGCUGGUUUGGUGUCACAAAGGUGCAAAAUCUCAAGUGCCUGAGGGACCAUGAAGUGAUCAGAUACAAGUGUCUGUUCCUUUUGUAAGGACGACACGCAUGUUACAUUAGUUUGCACUUUGAGAUGCUCAUAAAUCAAACAUCUCUCCAUUAUUUAUCCGUUGCACAAUGACACAUUAUUGCUGCUUUUGAAGGUUUAUUUGUCACAUUUAACAGUUUUCUUCUUUUUUUUUUAAAAUUCAAACUCCCAUUUGGCUGCAUCAUGGCCGUGGACACUGAAGGGUUAAUGAGAACUAGGCAGUGUCGGUUUUAUUUUUGCUUACUGUGCCUGUGGAUUGAGUGAAGUUGGUCUGUGUAUGCCAACGUUUCUGUGGAAGUCGUGAAAUGCUGAUACGAUGUGUUGUUCCAUUUCAAAAGCAAUACCAAGUCCCAGAGGCUAUUGCUGAAUUUCUGUUGUACAUUCAUGGUUAAAAUAUUGAUGACAAAUAAAACGUAUUUUCUAUUUA